AGACAUCUCAAUGGCUGUGACCUCAUUUUUCUUUCACAGGCCACAUGGAAACUGCUACCGGCGGUAGCCAAUAGCUGGAGGUUUCGGUCAUUCUCAUUCAUUUGUUGGUUCUGGCUCAACACCAUGAAGUUCUUUCAAGCGGCUGGCAAGAAGUUGCUGCAGAGGAGCAUGCCUCCAGGGGACGAUUCAGGUCCAGAGUAUCACUACUGUGCGACAUGUCGUCCCUGUUGCUCGGCACCCCAUGGUCCCGUCUCCAUCACCACGGCAGCCGUGGCUUCGUUGGCCUUGAUUCUCUCUUGUAUGGUCGCCUUUGGUUGCAACAUGAUGGAAGCGGAAUUUCAUCACUGCGUUCCUGCAGCGCCGCUCUAUGGCUCGUGUGGGACCUGCCAUUGCAUCAUUGAGGGUGAAGAUGCGACCUGUCCAGCGGGAGAAGGCAAUGUACCCCGCUUGGUGUACCACCAGGAAACGGUGGAUCAGUGGAACAAUUUGAUUCAUGUCAAUCCCUACGAUCUCAAUUGUGACCCGUACCUAAACAAGGACUGCGAGACAGAACCACCACAGAGGUUUACGGCACUGGGAGAAACGGCGGUUUGUGCCAUUCGGUAUGUUGACCCACCACCACCACAACAACAACAACAAGCACAAGCACAACAAGCACAGCCCAAUGCAAGUAGUUUUCUGGAAACCUUAUCACCAACGGCCAAUAGCUUUAAAAAUGUUUCAUCGGCCGCCAAGGAUUGUCCCACCCACUACGAAACUGUCACGUUUGCCAGCGAGGAACUCUUUCUUCGAGUACAAGAACAACAAGAAGAGAAUGGGGAAACACUGCAGAUUACGCACUAUGGAGCCUGCGGCGUCUGCAGCAAUUUGCAAGAUUUGGCCGUCUAUGUCGCCAAUCCCGAUUUGACGUCCAAAGGACAAGAAUGCGGCGCCAAGGCACUCUUCAGUCAACAGCUGGGUGUCGAGUGCUUUAUUCGAGCUGGAUAUACGCCGGCGUGUGCCAAAAUGUGGAUGUACAAUACACUCGAGACCGGAGACAAAUGCAAGGAUCUGUGUCUUCCCUUUACGUUUCAGGGCAUGCCCAACAAUGGACCACCCCCCACUUGUACCAUUGCCGAUUGCCUUUGGUGCGAUGAAGUCUAUUCCGGACCCAACUUUAAAAAGGUGGCUGCCCGAACCCGACGACGAUCGGGGCUGCUGAGUGCCAUUGCCCGGCCCUGCGAUGAUAUUCUCAUUGUCAAUCACGAGGAUCCUUGCCCGCCAUUGUCGGGCACCACACCCAUUCCGGCACGACAAAAACCGGAACCGACUUGUCAAUUCUUCAAAACACCCAUGGGACCCUUUUUCUACAAGACAAACUCCACCUUGAGUUUUAUCGAUCUGGGGCCAUUGGCGUCCAAAGAGACCAAGUAUACUCGUUCCUAUUACAACAAGUGCUCUCGUUUCCGUUUUGAACGAUCCUUUGAAGGAUUCUGGCACGAUGUGGGAGAGCAGCUGGGUGCGCCGUGGCGUGCUUCGGCUGGAUUUGCAGCAUUGGCAACAGCUCUCGGUACCGUGUCGGUCAUUUUGACGUGGAGUACCACCUGUGCGGCCUUUCGGCAAAACUUUUGGUAUGCCAUGACAGUCAGCUAUGGGCUUUGUUCCUUGUUCCAGUUGUUGAGUCUCGUCUUGUUUGCCUCGGAGGUGUGUCCCGAUGGCGGGUGUAAGGUUGGAGAAGAUACGUGGGAAGCCGUAUUGGCGGGGAUCUUUUGGAUGAUUGCUUGUAUGCUGGCCGGGUUUACAAGACGUCCAGCCAGACCAGGAGAGACGGUUGCCUGCGGUUGCUGUCCCUCGGGAGAUGUCUUUCAUCCCAUCCUGUACCAACACGGUCAUGAACUGGAUGACCUUCCUCUCAGUGAACGGCCUUUGCAAUCUACUGGAAUGGAUAACGAGGAAAAAUCGCCAGAGGGAGAGGCUGCGGAAGGUGAAGCCAACAACAACGACGGCGAAGAGGAGAAGGAAGCUUUGCUGCCGAGGAAGAGCCAGACUACACGAGUUACUAUCACGGAAACAGCAUUGGAGGACGGCACACAUGUGACCAGAAAGAUCACGGUCACGGCCGACGGCGCUAAAACCGUGGAAGAAACUUACAGGAAAUCAAGGGAGCCAAGGCGAAGGAGCGAGGAAGGAAACUGACGAAAAUGGAACUAAGCUUCUUGUUCAGUCUGCAACAUAAUGGGAGGGGAGGUCAGCGGAUCCUCUGCUGGAUAUUCCAGACCAGCGUGGGGUUUAGAUGAUCUCCAUACCGAUACUAUUUGUCACCACAAGAGACACAAGCCUGGCCAGAAACUGAGCUGGGACUAUCUUUUGCUCACGCGGUCCAGUUUCCAGUUGCUUGUGUAAGGAUUUAGAAGUUAAGGUCGUAUCGGUGCACCUGUCUUGUCUCGCCCGAGAUGUGGAGGUCGGUACGAAUUCUGAAAGUUUUUUUCUGAUGAAAUCUGGUUACCAAGCUCCAGUUUUUUUAAGCUCCCAAUCGCUUUCGUCUCUAGAUUGAAUAGAUCAUUGACCUUUUGCAUUGGGAUCAGUGCAAAACCGCCUACAAAGCUCAAAACACCCACGUAGAGCUGAUCAUUGAAAACUGGUAUCUCGAUGACACCGCACGAAAGGUGAUACACAAGUGGAACUGGGCGCCUGAAAUCUGGACAGGAAAUGUACACUCGUAGUGAAAUGAAAAGAAGUGUGAUUUGGAUAAUUCGCUCACUCGUCUGGCAAAUACAAAUUGACGGCAGACCCAAUGUAUAUUGUUUUUUGAUCCGACGUAACCUCCAUUGUCCGAAAGCCAUACAUGAAGCGAGAGGCAUCAAAGACCUCGCUUUCAACAAUUCUCCAGUCGGCACCAUCUGUCGAUGCCCACAAUUGAGCCCUGUCGUCUCUACUGGAUCCAGCAAAGGUGCCAAUGAAGUAAAUGCCAUUCACAUCUGCGCUGGACCAAGUGUAGUCAUUUCCUUGCUGGCGUUCUCCAAAGUGCUCCCUUUGCUGUACACCAAAGCCGGAUCCAGUUAUAAGCUCCCAAUCGCCGUCAUCUAGAUUCAAUAGAUCAUUGACCUUUUGCGUUCGGAUCAGCGCAAAACCGCGUACAAAGCUCAAAACACCCACGU